CCAUGAGAACACAAAACAGAGAGCAGAAACAAACAUCUUAUCUUUGGCGCGUGUGAGAAAAACAUCGAAUCUGGCCCAGAAUUUGUAAUUGGAGUUGAAUUGUAGCCACCAACAACACCAUUCGCAACCACCGAGGUAAAGAGUCAUGGGAUUGGCCUCUGUUGUUCACAACGGUGUCCAAUUUCCAUUAAACUUCAGCAACACCCUUUCACGUUCCCAUCCACCCUCCAAAUCCUCUUCGCUCCUUUUUCUCCCUCAUCAUCGUUCUUCUCACCCUCACGCUCUUCCUCUUCUUUUCUCCACACGAAUUGGUCGCCAGACCCAUGGAUUUCUCGCCUCAGAAGUAAAGAGGAUUAGUGCUCGGCCAAAUGAAGACAUUGAGAAUUCUCCAACUCAGGAAUCUCAGGGAAAUGAAAUUUACAACUCAUCUGUUAGAGCUGUGGCGUUAUGGGUGUGCACUGCGGUGGCAUUUGGCAUUGGUUUGGGUUUUAAAGACGGUUUUGGCAAGGCAUCCGAAUUCUUUGCUGGAUACAUAUUGGAGCAAAGUCUUUCGGUAGAUAAUCUCUUUGUCUUUGUUCUAGUAUUCAAUUACUUCCAAGUUCCAAUUUCAUAUCAGAAUCGUGUACUUUCCUAUGGUAUUGCUGGUGCAGUUGUCUUUCGCCUGACAUUGAUACUUAUUGGAACAGCCACCCUUCAGAGGUUUGAGGCAGUCAACCUUCUCUUGGCUGCAAUAUUGCUCUACUCAUCAUUUAAGCUAUUUGCCAGUGAAGAAGAUGAGACUGACUUAUCUGAUAACUUUGUGGUGAAGACAUGCCAGAAAUUUAUCCCUGUAACAACCUAUUAUGAUGGAAAUCGGUUCAUAACUAAUCAGGAUGGCGUGUGGAAGGCUACCCCUUUGCUUCUUACUGUAGCAAUUAUUGAGCUCAGUGACAUUGCAUUUGCAGUUGACUCAAUACCUGCAGUUUUUGGUGUAACACGGGAUCCAUUUGUAGUGUUUACUUCUAAUCUUUUUGCCAUUUUGGGUUUAAGGUCACUUUACUUAGUAAUUUCCGAGGGUAUGUCAGAGUUGAAGUACCUACAGGUAAAUGUUGACUUGGUCUGUUAUGAAAUACCUUGGUUGCUACAUAAUGCUCUGCUGCUUAUGUGUCUAUCCAAUAAAAUAACCAUGAGUUUUACUGUUGUGACUUGGACUAUGGUUUGGGUAUCACUUCAACAUUGCUGUUUUUCUCGGGAUUCCUGCUAAUAUAGAAGUUCGCUGAGCAAAUUUCCAAUCUAGUUCCUGAAAUUUCUGAGCAAAUCAUGUUUACUAAAAUCAUGUUUGUUGAGCUAACCUCACAGUCUAAAAUGAAUAAUUUUUUGCAAAAUCAGAUACUAAAAUGAUUGACGCCUAUAAUCUUGGGGAUUAAAGUGAGAGUUCAUGCAAAGUUUGCUACUUCAUCCUGUAUAGUGGUUGAAGAAAAAUUAAUGCUCAUUUUGUCAAUAUUUUAAUCGAGAUUUGCACUUUUGUGUAUAACAAUACAUAAUCCCAAUUGAAAACCUUAAUUUUGAAAUAAAAACCCUGUAAAGAAAGCGCAAAAAAAAAGCCUAAUCUACAUCACUUAGUUGACAUUAACAUCUAGUACUGUCACCUUGAGAUUCACUUUAGCAGAAAAUCAUUAAAUAUUAUGUGCCUGACAGAGCAAUGCAUUUGUAGGGCACUAAGUUCUUAUUUGGACAGCCGUAGUGUUGCAUUUUGAUUGCAUAUCUGCAUCUUAAAUGCAAUCAAAAUUGUAAGUUUACACCUCAACUUUUGGAUAAGUUAAAUGAGAGAGCUUCUAAACGACAUGAUUAACUUAUAAGAGAAGUUUGAUUCAUUAUAACUAUUUUUUUUUAUAAGUAUUUGUUGAUAAGUUUAUCCAAACUAGUAUUAUUAUCAAAGGUUUUGGUUCAAAGUUAUUACUCUGUUACUUGGUUUGUACUUGUAAUCACGUUUCCUUUUUGUUUACAUAUAUUGUUACCUUUAGCAGCACCAUCACUCAUAUUUUUUAAAUUUAAGAAUAAUAUCUUUGCAUUAGCCGAUACUAAAAUGCUUCUGUUUACUAAUGCUUCCAUCCUGUGAUUAUUUCCAUUUUUUGGCCUUUUUAGCCGUCCAUUGCUGUUGUUCUGGGAUUUAUUGGGUGUAAGAUGAUCUCAGACUAUUUUGGUGAGUAUAUGUUGUUUGAUCAUUUACCAAUUCAUACAAGAUAUACUGUACUUGAAUUUCCAUAUCUUCUCAUUCCUACAGGGAUCCAUGUCUCAACGGAGGCCUCUCUUGGUUUUGUAGCUUCAAGUAUUACCAUUGGAGUGGUAUUAAGUCUGGCUAAUAAGUCUGACUAGCUAAGAAACUCAAUUACAACUCAUGGUGGAUUGAGCUAAGUAUGAUUGCUUAUACUCACCAACCAACCGCUUC